GGGCGCAGUUUCAUACCAUCUGCUACCCACCAGGCUUCCACAAUGCAGAAGCCCAGGCAGCGGCUUUCUGGCGGGUCGGCUCAAUCCGUUUCGCUGCUCACCACAUGGGCUUGCCUAUUGCAGGUCGGCCUGUGUGGGCCGCAGUCCCCGGCCCCAGUCCAGAGCUGCUGUAUGCUUCUCGGGUCGCCACCUUUGCGAUGGGCUGAUUCUGGGGCCCCCAGAAGACGUUCGACCACGUGCCAGGCGUGACCAGGACGAUGGUGGGCUACACGGGCGGAGAAUCGGUGGACCCGACAUACAAGAGCGUGUGCUCGGGCGACGGACACACGGAGGCCUUAAAGGUGGAGUUCGACCCCAGCAAAGUGGACUACGCGGAUCUCCUCGAGGUCUUCUACCGAAAUUGCCGCGCAGAGUCCAGCGGGAAACCGCAGUACAAGAGCGCGAUCUGGGUUCAUUCGGAGGAGCAGAGGGAGAAGGCCAAGGCGGCGGCGGAGGCAAGGGGGAAGCUGGACAAAGGACAUCGAGGACCCAAAGCCGUGGUACGACGCCGAGGAUUACCACCAGAAGUACUACCUCGGCAAGGGGAGGGCUGGCACGUAGAGCGACGGAGCCUGUAUGUGUCCGCAGCUCCGUGCCCAGUGUCUCCAUACCCUCAUUGCUCCUGCUCCUAUUCUUCCCUCCUGCUCCUGCUCCCGCUCCUCCCUCCUCACUCCUCGACUGUUUUCUUCAGCUGCUUGCUUUUUUGUUCGGUGUUCUGCCACGAAGUCGCUGGCCGCAAUGUUGCUCGAUUGGGAUCAUGUAGAGGAUGCCGUGGUCGGCGUUUUGGGGUAACGCGUCGAGUUGGGCUAGAUCUGGGACCUCAAACGACCUCGAGAAUUGAUGCCCGCGCACCUGUGUUUUUUUGUAAGCGUGCUUCUGAGAUCUGCUUUUUGCGCAUUCCAGCGAGAAACUGACAGGACGGUCUCGCUCCGUGGAUGACGCACUCGCGCCUGUAACGGGCAGGGAAGAGCUGCUCGUACUUCCUCGAGUGCAGAUGGUGUGGAGCAGAAAGCGCUGCCUUUCCCCUUCUGUGUCACAGAGCUCUUCUCAUCGGCACGUCGUAGCAUGACCGCUACAAAAACGGACAUGCCGUGUGCGGGACGGGGCAUAUCCCUCCCCCCUUUCCAC